AUGCGCAGGGCUCUUGUAUCUAUCGUGAUUGUUUCCGCCAUCACCUCUGUCCUCGGUAAAUGGGUCCCCUACAGUCAGCUUCAGGCCCGCGACGACAGCGCGUUAUUGAGCUGCCUGAAGAGUAAGGGCCUUGACCCUGUCGUUCAGGGCAGCCCCAACUAUACCAGUGACUCCGCGCCAUUCAAUCGCCGGCUGCACUGGAAGCCCGUCGCGAUUGUCUAUCCCGAGGAUGCGAAGGGCGUCUCCGCCGCCGUCAAGUGUGCAGCUCAAAACCACGUCAAGGUCAAUGCCCGAUGCGGAGGCCACUCCUAUGCCGCGUUCGCGCUUGGUGGCGAGGAUGGUCACUUGACCGUCAGUCUCGACAAGCUCCGCCACUUGUCUCAGAGCGGCAACACGUCCACCAUUGGAGGAGGCAACCACCUCGGCGACGUAGCGCUCUACCUCUGGCAAAAUGGCAAGCGUGCAAUGGCCCAUGGUACCUGCCCCUACGUCGGUAUUGGUGGUCAUGCGGGCCAGGGCGGCUUCGGUCUUCCCUCCCGCGCCUGGGGGCUACUCGCCGACCAGGUGCAGUCGCUCGAGAUCGUUACCGCGGACGGCCAGAUUCGCAAUGCAUCCCUGAAGGAGAACGCAGACCUCUUCUGGGCGGCGACAGGGGCUGGCGCUUCGUUCGGCAUCAUCACGUCCUUCACUACCGUGACGCGCCCAGCUCCCAACUCGACUGCAUUUGCUUAUGAGUUCAAGAACUAUACCUACAAAGAAGCGAGCGCUGGGUUGCAGGCGUGGCAGGCGUUUGCGAGCAAUUCGACGAAUAAGCUCGAUCCCAAUGUUGGGCUCCAGAUCCAUGUGGACCCUAAUCCCUCCGCACCCCACGGAGUUGUCUUCAGCGUCUCUGGUGUCUACUACGGUGCCGACAAGGCCAAGGUGAACUCCACCUUCGCGCCUCUACUCAAGAAGCUCGGCACUCCCACGUCCAUCCUGCUCCAGGAGCAAGACUGGAUCACCUCAGUACUCCAUCUCGCUGAUGCGAAGAACAUCUCGCAGCUCAACACGACUCUCGCGUCGGACACCCACGACUACUUCUACGCGACAUCGACGUUCAUCUCUGAACAGAGGCCGAUGGUCCAGGCUGCAUCUGACGCGCUCUUCAAGUACUUCUACGGCCCCGGCACAAACACGAGCAUCAAGUGGUUUGCCAUCUUCGACCUGUAUGGUGGCGGAGACUCGGCCAUCACAAAGGUCGGACCGGACUACAAUGCCUUCAACGCCCGGGAUGCAUUGUAUUCGAUCCAGUACUACGGCACGAUCCCCCAUGGGACCUCGGACAGGGCGGGGAUAGACUUUAUCCAGGGUAUAAAGAAAGCCGUAGAGAAUGACACAGUACCGAAGACGCAGUUCAAGGAGUAUGUCAACUACAUCGACAGCGAGUACUCGGCGGAGGAGGCCCACGCCCGCUACUACCCCACGCACUCCGCCAACCUCACAGCGCUCAAGAACAAGUACGACCUCAAUCGCACUUUUCACUUCCCUCAGGACUUCUGA